AUGGAGAACCAGAACUACAGGCCGGCCGACCUCAAUAACAGUUCCUCAUACCACUACAACUACAAGCAGAACUACAGUCCUACCGACCACAACUACAGCCCUUCCGGUCACAACCCCAGCCCAACCAACCAUAACCAAAGCCCCAACGACCACAACCACAGCCCAACCAAGUACAUCUACAGCCUUACCAACCACAACCACAGCCCAACCAACCACAUAUACAGCCCUACCAACCACAAACACAGCCCAACCAACCACAACCACAGCCCAACCAACCACAACUACAGCUUUAUCAAUCCCAGCCCUACCGGCUACAACUACAGCCCUACCCACCACAACCACAGCCCCGCCAACUGCAGCUCAAGCAAUUACAACCUCAGUGCAACCGACCAAAGUCCCAUCACCCACAGACCAACUGACCACAACUACAGCUCAACUGACUACAACCACACCACAACUGACCACAGUCCCUGCGAUGACAACCACAGCCCAACUGAUCACAACCACAGACCAACCAACCACAGCCUCGCCACCCACAAUCAGAUUCCAAGUGACGACAACCCCAGUUCUGCUGACUAUGACCACAGGCCGACUGACCACAGUCCAAUCGGCCAAAACCGCAAUCCUGAUAACCUCAACCACAGCACAACCUACCACAGUCCCACCAGCCACAUCCCAAGCUAUUACAACCACACCACAAUGGCCCACAGCCCAACCAACUACAACCACAAUACAACUAAGUACAACCACAGCCCUAUGGACCACUACCACUAUAACCACGACCGCAACCAGAGUGAUCACCAAAGCACCCAUCACAGAGAAACCAGGCUGCCCAUGGAGAAGGCCUGGCUUGACCCAAACAGAAGAGUGGAGUGACAACUCCAUUACUAGCAGCACCACCACUGUGAGUGCUCCCAAGCUACAGCCCUGCGUACUCGAGCUCUGCAAGUUCUUCUCCCAGUGCCUCUGCCACUCCUACAGCUACAAGACUCACAUGAAGAGGUAUUGUGCUGAUAGUCAUCUGUGGUAUGAGAAACACACCUUUGAGGUGUGUAGACGGGUCAGAAGAGUCUCUUUCUCCAGAAAUCUAAAACAGAGGUGCCUUGCGAGAAUGUGCAACAAACUAUGACCAGAGUGGAAAAGAGACAGAGAGAGCUGGAUACACUGAAGACGGAGCAGAGACUAAACAAGAAGAACCACUGAAGUAUGCACAUUCUGAUGUAACUUUUUUAAGAGCACAAUGUUUUUUUCUGAAUCCAAUAAAUUGAAAA